AAUAAAUCUCUCCAUGUGCAAUUCUUGCCAUUGCUUCAUCAUUUCUUGCUGGCAAUUUUUCUUCCAUUUACAGUUCAACAAAAAGAUUUCUCAAAUGUCACGUUCUUGAACAUGUCUUUGUUCUUUACAACCAUUUCUUUUGCUAUUUGAGUUUCAUUUUUUCACCCAUUUUUCCCCCUUUCUCCACUAAGCUUGCUUUAGUUGAACAUGGAUUCCAAGACCCUUCUUGAUUAUGCACUGUUUCAGCUCACCCCAACUAGAACAAGAUGUGAUCUUGUGGUGUUUUCUGGGGGUAAAAAUGAGAAAUUGGCAUCUGGGUUGGUGGAACCAUUCAUUUCUCACUUGAAAUUUGCUAAAGAUCAGAUUCCAAAAGGUGGGUAUUCAAUAACUAUGAGGCCACCUUCAACUCAUGCCUACUGGUUCACCAAAGCCACAUUCCUAAGAUUUGUACGCUUUGUUAGUACACCUGAAAUUCUUGAGAGGUUUAUGCGAUUGGAACGAGAGAUCUCACAGAUCGAGAGUUCCAUUCAAUCCAAUGAAUGCUCCAAUGGCAAUUCAGAGGAAGGUAGCUCACCAGCUAAUAGUGAGAGCACCAGGAAAUCAAACGAUUCGUUCAAGGCAAAAUCUGAAGUUGAAGAAGCUAAUAAUGCUGCACCUAAAGAAAACUCUAAGAUUCACCUCCAGCGCCACCUGGAUACCCGAAAGGCAUUACUUCGGAAAGAACAGGCCAUGGCUUAUGCGCGUGCAACAGUUGCAGGCUUUGAGAUAGACCAAUUGGAUGAUCUCAUACAGUUUGCUAAUUCUUUUGGUGCCUUACGUCUUAGGGAUGCAUGUGUAGAUUUCAAGGAACUUUACAAACAAAAGCACACAGAUGGACAAUGGAUGGAUGAGGUAGCUGCAAUGAAGGCAUGUACACCAAUGGAUCUAUCGUACUUGGGAAAUCAAGGUGUUAUUCUUGCAUAUGACAAUAAUGGCUCUUUGGAUAGUUCUGACUCGAAGGAAUCAACAAAUUCAAAUGGUGUCAAAGAUGAGAAUCUUCCUGCAUCAGAUCCAUCAGCAAAAGUUCAGAUGCAAAUGCCAUGGCAGAACCAAAUUCCUCCAUAUAUGUACAACUUUCAUGGCCCAGCUCAACAGAUGCCUUUUGCUGGCAUGCAUCCUUUACAAUAUUAUCCAGCACAUAUGCAGUGGCCACAAAAUGUAAAUGGCUCCACAAAUGGUUCUGUUAGGGACUCUCACAAACGGUCAAAGAAGAAGGAGAAAUCCAAAGAACAUGACAGUUCAGAUGAUGAUGAACAGACUGAGUCGAGUGCCUCUGAUUCUGGAACUGAUUCAGAUGAAGUUAGGAAGCAUGAGAAAAAGCAUUCUUCAAGGGAGAACUCACAUGCUAAAAAGCACAAGAAGAAACCCUCAAAAACAGUUGUAAUCCGCAACAUCAAUUAUAUCACUUCCAAUAGAAAGAAUGAGGAAAAUGAUGGAUCUUCUUAUGAUUCAUCUUCAGCUGAAUCUCAUAUACUCGAUGAAGAUUCUAUCAAAGAGCAGGUAGAUGAUGCUGUUGCAAUACUGGAGAAACGUCGCAACUCAAAAGGACAUAGGAACAAGAAUAGAGGACAUCAGAAUCUUGAUAUAGAGAAUGAAUCAAAUGGUUAUAGCAACAGAGACCUAAAUGAGGGCAUGUCACCAAAGUUAUCUGAGAAAGCAAAAGGAAAUAAGGCUUGGGAUGCAUUCCAGAAUAUUCUGAUGAGUCGUGAGGAGUCAAGUAUGAAUGGAGCAAGUGACCAGCUCCCUUUGGACUUCCAGGAUGAAGGCUAUGGGAUCAAGAAUUCUGGUGAGAAGGUCAGAAGAGACCAUCUGACACCUGAUGAUUCUCUUCUCAUGAGCAAAAAUCAUGAAGAAAAUGGCACAAAGGUUAACAUGGUAGAUUUUGCCAAUGGUUUGGAUAUGAGGCCAAGUUUGAAGAAAGGAGUUUCUGAAGAUGUGCAUCUUCUAUUUUCGCACAAAGAACCAUCAGGAGGCAAUACAUUGGGAACUCCAUCUGAUUUUGGUUCUGAAUCCUCUGCUAUUAGAAAUAGUAAUGGGGAAGAUUGGUUUGUUGUCAACCACUCCGGCAGUUCAGAAACUCAAGAGGCUAGGCGAAUAAUAUUUGACAAUGACAGUAGCAUGUCAACUCAGAAAAGUUCCUCUCAAGUCGAAAGUGAAAGAGCUGCUCCUAUUGAUGAUUCUUUCAUGGUACAGUCUCGACCAUCUUUCGAUGAUCAUUAUGGCUCUCAGUGGAAAACAGACAUUGGCAUGGAUGCAGACUUGGUUGCUGCAGCAAAUGCUGAAAAUAGUGAUCCAGUUGCAUCAAAAACCAAGCUUAGUACAUCUGAGGCCAGUCAACCUGAUGACCUCUGUGUGGUGCUUGCAAGAGAACCUAGUUUGGAUCCUCUUGAGGCAUCUUGGCAACCAGAAUUGGAUUUUCAGAUUGAGGCUUCUUUCAUUCAAGUUGAUAAAAAAUCUUCUGCAGUUGAGGCAAAACCUCCUCCUACUGAAGAAAAUGUUCCUGUGAAAGGUAAAAGCACAACUAAGAAGGACAGUCUUGCAAAGACCGGGAAAGAUGCAAGGUCUAAAGUCUCCCCAGGAUCUCUGUCAAGGAGCAGAAUUGAUGCCUUAGCAAAGAGCAAGAAGAUGUCUCCUCCUCCUAACAAGCUGACAACCCAGAAGAGCAAAUUAGAUCGGGACGAAGAAAUGCGCAAGAGAAUGGAAGAAUUAGUGAUCGAGAGGCAAAAAAGGAUUGCAGAAAGAAGUGCAGCUAAGGGUUCAUCCCCAGCAGCUUCCAAGAAAGGGCCAGCAGGAAAUAGAACAGCUUCAAAGAUAUCACCUUCAUCCAAAGUUCACACAUUUCCAGUGCAGGUCAAGCAUUAAGGAGAACUCCAUUAAGGAAAAGUAUGAUCCAACCUUAAAAUAUUUGAUUGUUUUGCCGCGAAAAUGGAACAUCCACAACUCGCUGCUUUGUGCACAUUGGAUUAUCCACAAAUAUAUCUUGGAGAAAUAAAAUAUUUUCGAGGAAAAUUAUAGAUUCUUUCUUUACUAGGACAACUCUGCUUACUGGUUUGAUGCAAGUUAUUCCUUCUCAUUUAUUUAGACAUUCAUGUCCCAUCAUAAGGUUUUGCCAGUAUAGUUGAUUGAGGCUUUAUUUUUAUU